CACGAAAUAGCACGCGUAGGCCUUACUGCCAAAAAGUGUUUUCACAUAUAUCUCUAAUAAGAUAUCUUCCAACUUUUCCUAGCAUCAGCUUCAGGAAAACGAAUACUAGAUUGAAAAGUGACUUAUACUUGUACCUGUUCUUUUUUCCCCAUCUACCAAGAUAUUUGGACAUAUUUUCAGAUAUUUCCGUUUUACCAUCUGACUACGAAUCCAGCAACUUUUGCUUGCGCGAUGGCUCUCGAUGCAGCAUCUCAGAUCUCAGUCGGGGCGCUCAGCGCCAUCUUUGAUGAAACCAAACCGCAAAUCCAAGAACCUAUAGUCCAGUGUGUCCAGAUUAAGCCUUUGCCUCCCCAACCGAACCAUCAGGAGCGGUACAGAGCCGUGUUCAGUGAUAUCUCGAAUUAUGUUCAGACCAUGCUUGCAACACAGGCGAAUCCACUCGUAACGAGUGGCACGCUAAGGAAGGGGUGUUUUGUCCGUUUGAAGUCAUUCCAAGCAAAUUCUGUCAAGGGGAAGAAAAUCCUUAUAAUCUUGGAUCUCGAAGUCUUGCAGGAACUCGGCGAGGCAGAGAAAAUCGGAGAACCGAAACCACUGGAAAAUAAGUCGGAAGAAGAUGAAAAGCCCCAACCGACUACAAUCUCCGGUGGUGGAUUUUAUGGCUCCAAGGUUCAAAAUCAGCGAGGGGAACCUCGCGUACAGCCUGCACGUUCCUCUUUGACAUCGACCAACGCCACCAUCUAUCCGAUCGAAGCUAUCUCUCCUUAUUCACAUAAAUGGACGAUCAAGGCGCGUUGCACGAGCAAAUCAGCAAUCAAAACCUGGCACAACAGAAACUCGGAGGGUAGGCUAUUUAGUGUCAACUUACUCGAUGAUAGUGGUGAAAUCCGCGCCACUGGAUUCAAUGAGCAGUGCGACCUGCUCUAUGAUGUUUUUCAUGAAGGAAGCGUGUACUAUAUAUCUAGCCCCUGCCGGGUUCAGAUUGCAAAGAAGCAAUUUACCAAUCUGAACAAUGACUACGAACUCACUUUUGAAAAAGAUACAGUUGUUGAAAAGGCAGAGGAUCAGAGUGAUGUCCCGCAAGUUCGGUUCAAUUUCACAACCGUGGGCGAUCUCCAGUCUGUCGAGAAGGAUACCACCAUUGACAUUAUUGGGGUGCUGAAAGACGUCGGGGAGACUACUCAAAUCGUAUCAAAGACGACGAGCAAGCCCUAUGACAAGCGAGAGCUUACCUUGGUCGAUAGCUCGGGUUUUUCUGUUCGUCUAACCAUCUGGGGCUCCACAGCAUUGAAUUUCAAUGCCACGCCAGAGUCUGUAAUUGCUUUCAAGGGUGUCAAAGUCUCUGAUUUUGGAGGACGAAGUCUGAGUUUGUUGAGUUCUGGCUCAAUGACUGUCGACCCUGACAUAGAAGAAGCUCAUCGUCUCAAGGGUUGGUAUGAUGCUCAAGGCAGACACGAGACAUUCACGUCACAUGCCACUAUGUCCAAUGCAUCCUCGUCUGCAAUGAGAUUGGAUCACUUGAAAACAAUCGCACAGAUACGCGAGGAACAACUAGGGAUGUCAGAAGAUGCAGUCUACUUCUCGCUCAAAGGAACUGUUAUUUACAUAAAGCAAGACAACAUGUGCUACCCUGCUUGCCUCUCCGAAGGGUGCAAUAAAAAAGUGACGGAACUGGAUCCCGGUCAAUGGCGGUGCGAAAGCUGUGAUAGAACUCACCCACGUCCAGAGUAUCGAUACAUCAUGCUCAUCAAUGUUAGCGACCAUACUGGCCAGCUCUGGCUCAGUUGCUUCGAUGAGGUCGGGAAACAGUUAAUGGGCACGUCUGCGGAUCAGUUAAUGGAUCUUCGCCAAAAUGGAGAAAAGGCCGCUGGAGACAUCUUCCAGGAAGCUAAUUGUCGAACUUGGAACUUCAGAUGUCGGGCUAAGCUUGAUCAUUUCGGAGAUCAGCAACGCAUCCGUUAUCAGGUAUCGACGGCCAAACCUGUCAACUACUCGGAGGAAGCAUCUCGCCUCAUGGCCCUGAUUAAUUCAUAUGGCCUUUCUUGAUAUCCCUUGGAUUGAUAGUGGAUUUGCCUUUCCUGGACAAGUCUGAUCCUUCCGAGGCUUGAAUUUGUUACAUGCACGAUUUUAUCUUUAUAGAUAUUCGUGAAUGUAUGAGUGUUUAACGUCGUUCCGCUUAAUUCGUUUAGAACUCGACUUCUUGGUUGGAAGUUCCCAGAGUCUCGCAUACCACGUAUGUCUUGGGUAAUUGGGAAGGGUAAUGCAUACGAGGGUAUGAAGUCGGAUGAAGUUUAACCAAGCUGCCGUUUCUAGGUGAUUUUCUUCAUGACAAUCAGCCUUGUACUUACCACAAAGAUCGUCUUUGUGUCGGUUCGGGAGCCCUGUCCCUGUAAUCUCAUGCCUUCCCCCAUUCAUGUCCCCCUUAACGAUAACACAGGAAUUACGGC